UUUCUUCGGGUAUAUAACUCCAAAACUUCUCCAAUUCCAAAAGGCAUUAUAUAUGCGUGUUUCUAUAAAUACGCUGUGUUUCGAAAUCCUUAUACGCACGCGCGUGUACGAAACAAAAUGACGAGCGCCAAACAUGCAGAUACGACGACGUUUCACCAGCCCCUCCUCUCGGAACCCCACCUACCCCCUCAAACUCAUCCCCAAACCACCCAAUACGUCGUCGUUCUGCCUCCCUACCCCCCGCCCAACCGCCACCGCCUCCUCCGCAAGACAUGGCGGCGCUGCAUAUUCUGCUCCGCCGCAUCCAUCAUCUUCCUCGUCGCCGCCGCAUACCUCCUCUGGCCCUCCGACCCUGACCUCUCCGUCGUCCGCCUCCGCCUCGACCGCCUCCACUUCCACACCCGCCCCAAGAUCUCCGUAGACGUCACCAUGGACCUCACGAUUAGGGUUUUCAAUAAGGACUUCUACUCCUUGAACUACGACUCCCUGCUCGUCGCGAUCGGAUACAGGGGGAAGAAGCUGGGGCACGUGACGUCGGCCGGCGGGAGCAUCGAGGCGCGCGGGUCGUCGUACGUGAACGCCACGCUCCAGCUCGAUCGGGUGGAGAUUCUGGGGGAUGUGGUGCUGCUGCUCGAGGACCUGGCGAAAGGGGUGGUGAUGUUUGAUACGGUGUCGGAGAUUGGUGGCCGGCUAGGGGUCGUCUUCUUUGAGUUGCCACUGAAGACAAAGAUGACAUGUGAAGUGAUUGUAAACACGAGGAACCAAACAAUUUCCCAUCAGAGUUGCUACCCAGAGGUAAGCCUGGAUUUCUAGUAAUUUGAAAAUAGGUAAAGUUGACCAUUUUAAUUCUUUAAUGAUGAAUGUUAAUGUAAGGUAAGAAGGAUAAACAUGACCUUCAUUGUUUGUUUAUUUUGUAGAAACUGCAAAACUGUACACUUAAAACAAACAGACAAUUAUCUGAAAUCAGAGUGCAUGUUUUCGUCAUUUGAUUAUCAAUUUAGAGUGAAUCGACACUGUAACUAGACUAUGUUCAGUGAUAACAUUUUUAAUUACAUCAGUGUGCAAGGUUUCAUCAUUUGAUUAUCAAUUUAGGGUGCAUUGACAUUGUAACUUGACUAUGUUCAGUGAUAACAUUUUUAA